GGGAGCGCGCCCGCCUGCCCGGAGAGCCCCGGGGCUGGGAAGGGUCUGGAGCGCCUGUCUGUGAGCAGUGCCUGAGGGAGCUGGGGGCUCAGCCUGGAGAAGAGCAGGCUCAGGGUGACCUUAUCUCUCUAUAGCUCCCUGACAGCAGGGUGUAGUCGAGCAGGGGUCGGUGUCUUCUGCCAGGGAACAGCGACAGGACGGGAGGACGUGGCCUCAAGCUGCGGCAGGGGAGGCUUAGGUUUGACAUUAGGAAGAAUUUUUCCACAGAAAAGGCCUAUCUUAAAUCUUUCCAUGUCUAAAUGGACUCCUGAAUGUAAUAUAGUUUAUACUCUAAAAGCGGAUAUGAAGAGUGAAGUUCCUUCUGAUGCACCAAAGAAACAGGAGAGUCUGAAGGGGAUCCUCUUGAACCCUGAGCCUAUUGGGGCAGCCAAAAGCUUCACUGCAGAAGUUGAGAUGAUUGCCAGUAAAGUAGGGAAUGAGUUCUCUCACUUGUGUGGUGAUUCUCAAAAGCAAAAGGACAUGAAUGGCAACCAUACAGACCAAGAAAAAGCUAUUGUGGUGCGAAAAAAGCGCAAGAGCCAGCAGGCUGGUCCUUCAUACACUCAAAACUGUCCUGAUAAAGAAAAUAAAGGAAUCUUAGGAUUGAGACAGCAUCUAGAAACACAGAGUGAAGACAAUGAUUCUUCUUUUAGUGACUGCAUCUCUUCACCUUCAUCUAGCUUGCAUUUUGGAGACUCUGACACAGUAACAUCUGAUGAAGAAAAAGAUGCUCCUGUGAGACACCCUCAGGCAGUGUUGAAUACUCCAAGCAGAACUCACAGUGCAAGGUCACAAAAGUGGCCUCGGACUGAGGCAGACUCUGUACCUGGGUUAUUGAUGAAAAGGCCCUGUUUUCAUAACAGUUCUUUAAGAAGACUUCCAUAUAGGAAAAGAGUUGUGAAAACAAGUUCAUCACAGCGGACACAGAACCAAAAAGAACGAAUUUUAAUGCAGAGGAAGAAGCGGGAAGUGUUAGCUCGAAGAAAGUACGCUUUACUCCCCAGUUCUAGCAGCUCCAGUGACAACGAUCUCAGUACUGAAUCUUCUUCCAGUUCAUCUACUGAAGGGGAGGAAGACUUGUUUGUGUCACCUGGUGAAAACCACCAGAACAGCACGGCUGUUCCUUCAGGAAGUAUUGAUGAAGAUGUUGUUGUGAUUGAAGCAUCCUCCACUCCCCAAGUCACUGCUAACGAAGAAAUAAAUGUUACCUCAACAGACAGUGAAGUGGAGAUUGUCACAGUUGGUGAAAACUACAGGUCUCAUUCUGCGCUUGGCCACUCGAGGUCCCACUGGGGCCAGAACUCCGGUUCCCACGCUGCGCGGGCUCCGGAGCAGCGAUCCCGCAGCAGGAUCUCCACCGUCAUCCAGCCCCUGAGGCAGAACGCGGCCGAAGUUGUGGACCUCACAGUGGAUGAAGAUGAGCCGACAGUUGUGCCAACCACAUCAGCUCGAGUGGAGCCGCAGGUCGUGAGUUCUGCUUCCACUACCAGCUCCAGUACGUCUACCUCAGAGCAGACCUCUGAUGCAGCUCCCAACGUCUCCAGCAGCCAGCCCUCUGCAGCACCAGAGACCACUCCCACUCUCCCCAGUAGCAGCACUGCUGGCACUUCAACUGGAGAUGAAAUAAGAAGAGCUGCAUCUAAUUCGACACUGGAAACUGGCCCCCCGGCCAUGCCAAGGCUGCCAUCGUGCUGCCCCCAGCAUUCUCCUUGUGGAGGACCUUCACAGACUCAUCAUGCCCUGGGGCACCCACAUACAAGCUGCUUUCAGCAGCAUGGCCACCACUUCCAGCAUCACCACCAUCACCACCACAACCCCCACCCAGCUGUCCCACUGUCUCCUUCCUUCAGUGACUCCAGCUGCCCUGUGGAAAGGCCUCCUCCCCUGCCUGCCCCGUGUGGAGCCAGCAGCAGUUCUGGCACCAGUUACCACGAGCAGCAGGCAUUGCCAGUAGACUUGAGCAGCAGCGGUAUCAGAAGCCACGGGAGCGGCGCUUUCCACGGAACGUCGGCGUUUGACCCGUGCUGUCCCGGCUCCUCGUCGCGCACGGCGCUCUACGGGCACCAGGCGGGCGCGGGGCCCAGCCAGGCGCUGGCCAUGGACGGCUACGGCUCGGGCAUGGUGGCACAGCCGCAGCCCCCGCCCCAGGCCUCGCUCUCAUCCUGCCGCCACUACAUGCAUUCUCCUUAUGCUUCCUUGACCAGACCUCUUCACCAUCAGGCUUCUGCAUGUCCUCACUCUCAUGGGAAUCCUCCUCCACAGCCACAACCUCCACCUCAAGUGGAUUACGUUAUCCCUCAUCCAGUGCAUCCCUUUCAUCCUUCAAUCUCCUCCCAUGCAUCUUCUCAUCCUGUUCCACCUCCACCACCAACUCAUCCCUUAGCCAGUGCAGCUGCUCCAAUACCACAGCAUCUCCCUGCAACACACCAGCCAAUAUCUCAUCACAUCCCUGCAACAGCACCUCCAGCACAGAGGCUACAUCCUCAUGAAGUGAUCCAGAGGAUGGAGGUCCAGAGGAGAAGAAUGAUGCAACACCCAACACGUGCUCAUGAGCGGCCUCCUCCACAUCCUCACAGAAUGCAUCCUAAUUAUGGUCAUGGGCAUCACAUCCAUGUGCCUCAGACUAUGUCUUCCCAUCCUCGACAAGCUCCAGAGAGAUCUGCCUGGGAACUAGGAAUUGAAGCUGGUGUGACUGCAGCCACUUACCCUCCAGGGCCCUUGCAUCCUCACUUGGCCCACUACCAUGCACCUCCUCGACUCCACCACUUGCAAAUAGGGGCUCUUCCUCUAAUGGUACCAGACAUGGCGGGCUACCCUCACAUCCGUUACAUUUCAUCGGGAUUGGAUGGAACAUCAUUCAGAGGCCCUUUCAGGGGCAAUUUUGAGGAGCUGAUUCACUUGGAGGAACGACUAGGCAAUGUUAAUCGUGGAGCAACACAGGGAACUAUAGAAAGAUGCACAUAUCCACAUAAAUACAAAAAGAGGAAACUGCACUGCAAACAAGAUGGGGAGGAAGGAACAGAAGAAGACACAGAGGAAAAGUGCACCAUCUGCUUGUCUAUAUUGGAGGAAGGUGAAGAUGUCAGGCGCCUUCCAUGUAUGCACCUUUUCCACCAAGUAUGUGUAGAUCAGUGGUUGAUUACUAACAAGAAGUGCCCCAUUUGCAGAGUGGACAUUGAGGCUCAGCUGCCUAGUGAAAGUUGACACUGCUUUCCAGAACUCUUGUCCUCCCUCUUGCUCCCUCUCAUCCUUCCUGGUACUUCAGUCAACCAAAGAUGGCAUGACUUACCUGCGCAGAUUUGGAAGCAUUGAACCCAGAGUGCUGGCUCUGCUGUAUGGUACAACUAAUGCUAGACCUACAGUUUGUGUAGAAGACAGUUGAGUUUCAGUGUAUUUAUAAAUUUUGUUUUUUUUACUUUUUUUUUUUUUAAAUUCAUUACUGUAUUUUUGCAUGGUUCCUUGUAUUGCAUUUGUUUGCACAUAUUAUGGGCUUUGUGACCCCAAACUUGCAGGCAAGAUUAGCUGCUUUAGUAAAUAGAAUUGUGUGGUCUCUUUUUUGGUUUGUUUUACCUAGUAUCAAGCUUUGAAAGUAUGAUUUCACUCAUUACUAACCUUGAAUCCCUAAUUUAAUCGAUCAUAUAUAUUUUAGUUUAAAUGUAUAAAGAACAUCUAGAAAAGGAUAAUAUUAUGUAUUGAGACAUUCCUUAAUUAGGAAAAAAUGGCUGCUGUAUAUUUACAAGAUCAGUUCUGAUUCAAAUAACAUCCUUAAUACUGGGAACAGAAUACGAAUUCUAUUCAGUUUGACUGAUACAUAUAGCAUACCCAUCACCAGAGUUUUUGUCUGAUCAGAUUUUCAUGUUUGUUUUAAUUAAAAUUUCAGCACAAUGCAGAUAUAUUUGAAUGUCAAUAUUAAACAUUUAGACUGCUGUUCAGAUUGUAUUUAUCAUUUUCUUCUAUGUCUAGAAAUUUGAAUCCCUAACUUAAAUAUAAGCUGCUGUGAAACAGCUCUUAGUGAACACUAAAUGUUGAUUUCAGUUAGCUGGAUUGUAGAUACUUGCAGAUUGAAAGAAUUACUAGGGACAUGGAAAAAGAGCUUAGAAUCUGUUUGGUCUUCUGCUAACUUAAGUUGAAGUAUCUGCGCACAUUGAGGGUUGGUUUUUGUUUUGUUUUUGUUUUUUUUGACUGUGUUUUUUUGUUUAUUUGUUUGGGUUUUGUUGGUUUGUGUUUUUUAAUACAAAACCAUUCAAUAAGGACUUAAAGCUGCAGGGUUUUUGUUUGGGUUUAUAUACAUUAAUUCAUAGAAUUUCUAAGGAUUCCAGGCUUGUCUUGGGAUUUUUAUUAGAUUUGAAGUUAAUAAAGUUAGCUAAAUCCACUUGUCUCUUGUUUUUAUUUUUCAUUAGUAAGUUGAAAGCCUGUAAAUUCCUGUAGAAACUGAGACACAAAUUGUGAUUCCCUAGUUUUUGCCUUGAUUAUAGAUUCCCUCUUUAUAAAUUACCAACAGUCCAUCACUGAUUGAAAUAUUUUCUAUAGUUAAGAUUUGCUGCAUAAUAUAGUAUAUAGAAUUAAGUUAUAAUGUUCUAACAUUUUGCCUUUGAUGGAGGUUUUCAUCCAUAUCAGGAUUCCAGUUGCUCAUCAACAUUCUUUCACGUCUAAUAGAUUACAGUUUAUAUAAAUGUGUUCAACAUUGCAAAGUGCAAAUGUGCAAAAACAUUGAGACAGUAUUACUGUCGCUUUAGAAAAGAUGUUCCUUGGGGAUCAUAUAUGAACAUGUCAAUUAGCUUGCAUUAAGCCACCUGCUUUGUAAGUGGAUUGAAUAAUAAAUACCUUCAGUUUCUCUUG